AUUUUAUUGCUUUUUUCUUAAACUUAGAAGUUAUAUAUCCUGUAAGAGCCAGUAGUGGUUAAGGUAGUAAGUUGGUUGCUAAGUAGUUUUUUAGCAUGACAUUUGAUUCUUUCCCUUACAGAGGUCUGCCUCUUAUGCUCAAAGUCUGUAACUAGCUUUCUACUUUCCCUUCUGACCUUGAAAAUUUGGAAAAAUAAGAGUCACUUGUCCAUCUGUUUGAAAUGGAAAUAGAAGCAUUCUUUCCACUUUUUAUUGUAGUCUUACAAUGUUUUGUUUCUGAGCAGGAGCUAGACUUGCUUUGUGCAUGGAAUGUCACACAUCAGGUCCUUUCUGGGUUAGGUACAUAGGACAGAGACUAGUGGAAACAAGAAACCUUCACAGUUGUCUCGUUGUAAAAUCACCUUACUUUUCCCCUAGUUUUAUUUAGAUAAUUUAAUGUGGAGUGUUUUUUAAGUAAUAAAUUUCUUCUGAUAUUUUUGAUGUGAAAUUACUAACACAAUUUCUGUAUUUUCAAGUCAUGUCUUACUUGAAAGAUCUCACUGCUUGUCCUACUGCAUUGUGCAGUAAGCUGCACAAGCUCUGUAUAUUGUCCUGUGUUUUCUUUUUCACAUCCUGAGCAAAACUUUCAGGUUUUGUGGAUUUUCAAAUGUUACACCGAAAAUGUUGCAUGAAAGGCUAAGGUGGACAUAGGCUACAAACUGACAGUGGGAAUUUCAGAUACUCGGGUAAUAGUUUAGUUUGUUCUAACCCAAAUUUUCUUAGAUACAGUUGAAACAUUCUUUGAAUAGAAGUGAACAAAUCAAAAUUUGCAGGAAAGUUGUUUUAUUCAUGUGACAGUAUUAAAUUAUUAGUUUGGUGAGAUAAUGAACUUCAUAAAGCAUGAUGCUGUUAGAUUAAUUGGUGUUAUGUUGUAGGCUCCUCAUGCAACGUUGAUGUUCCAUUCCAAAACAUUAAAAAUGAGGGAUUGUGAGCUUUAUUUUGGAGGGGGUGGGUGUUCUUUGUGUCACUCUAUCAUAGUGGUGCAACGGUGUACAAAGUUGAAAUUGAAAAAUUCAAAUGAAGUGUAUAUUUUUUCAGUGAUUGUGCAAUGUUGUCUGACAUGUUUAAUUCUUCUACAGAUUAACACUAAAGCCCCACAAUGUCCUUGAAACCACGAGUAGUUGACUUUGAUGAAACAUGGAACAAACUUCUAACAACGAUUAAAGCUGUUGUUAUGUUGGAUUAUGUUGAAAGAGCAACGUGGAACGAUCGCUUCUCAGACAUUUAUGCUUUGUGUGUGGCCUAUCCUGAACCUCUUGGAGAGAGACUUUAUACUGAGACUAAAAUUUUUUUGGAGAAUCAUGUACGCCAUUUGCACAAGAGAGUUCUGGAAGCUGAAGAACAAGUACUGGUUAUGUAUCACAGAUACUGGGAAGAGUAUAGCAAAGGGGCAGACUAUAUGGACUGUUUAUACAGGUACCUCAACACACAGUUUAUUAAGAAGAACAAAUUGACUGAAGCUGAUCUUCAGUAUGGUUAUGGAGGGGUGGAUAUGAAUGAACCUUUGAUGGAAAUUGGAGAGCUAGCUCUUGAUAUGUGGAGAAAAUUAAUGAUUGAGCCGCUGCAGGCCAUCCUUAUUCGGAUGCUCCUCCGAGAAAUAAAAAAUGAUCGCUGUGGAGAAGACCCAAACCAGAAAGUAAUCCAUGGGGUUAUUAACUCCUUUGUUCAUGUUGAACAGUAUAAGAAAAAAUUCCCCCUAAAGUUUUAUCAGGAAAUUUUUGAGUGUCCUUUUCUGAAUGAAACAGGGGAGUAUUAUAAACAAGAAGCUUCGAACUUAUUGCAAGAGUCAAAUUGCUCACAGUACAUGGAGAAGGUUUUAGGUAGAUUAAAAGAUGAAGAAAUGCGAUGUCGGAAGUACUUGAAUCCCAGCUCAUACGGCAAAGUCACUCAUGAAUGCCAACAGAGGAUGGUAGCUGAUCACUUGCAGUUUCUACAUGCAGAAUGUCACAAUAUUAUCAGACAAGAGAAAAGAAGUGACAUGGCAAAUAUGUAUACUCUGCUUCGUGCUGUGUCAAGUGGUUUACCUCAUAUGAUUCAGGAACUACAAAACCAUAUCCAUGAUGAGGGCCUUAGAGCAACCAGCAAUCUUUCUCAGGAAAAUAUGCCAACUCAGUUUGUGGAGUCAGUUUUGGAAGUACAUAGUAAAUUUGUUCAGCUGAUCAACACUGUUUUGAAUGGUGAUCAACAUUUUAUGAGUGCCCUUGACAAGGCUUUGACGUCAGUAGUUAACUAUCGGGAGCCCAAGUCGAUCUGCAAAGCACCUGAAUUGCUGGCCAAAUACUGUGACAACUUGUUAAAGAAAUCAGCAAAAGGAAUGACAGAGAAUGAAGUAGAAGACAAACUUACAAGUUUCAUCACUGUUUUCAAAUACAUUGAUGACAAAGAUGUAUUCCAAAAGUUCUAUGCCAGAAUGUUGGCAAAAAGAUUAAUUCAUGGUUUGUCUAUGUCUAUGGAUUCUGAAGAAGCGAUGAUAAAUAAACUGAAGCAAGCCUGUGGUUAUGAAUUUACCAGCAAGCUCCAUCGAAUGUAUACAGACAUGAGUGUUAGUGCUGAUCUCAACAAUAAAUUCAACAACUUUAUCAAAAACCAGGACACAAUCAUUGAUUUGGGAAUUAGUUUUCAGAUAUAUGUUCUACAGGCUGGUGCAUGGCCUCUAACUCAGGCUCCUUCUUCUACAUUUGCAAUUCCUCAGGAACUGGAAAAAAGUGUACAGAUGUUUGAAUUAUUUUACAGUCAGCAUUUUAGUGGAAGGAAGCUUACUUGGUUACAUUAUCUUUGUACAGGUGAAGUAAAAAUGAAUUAUUUGUGCAAACCUUAUGUAGCCAUGGUCACAACAUACCAAAUGGCAGUGUUGCUUGCCUUCAACAAUAGUGAGACUGUCAGCUACAAGGAGCUUCAGGACAGUACACAAAUGAAUGAGAAGGAACUGACAAAAACCAUCAAAUCUUUGCUUGAUGUCAAAAUGAUCAACCAUGACUCAGACAAGGAAGAUAUAGAGACAGAGUCUACAUUUUCAUUAAAUAUGAACUUCAGCAGUAAACGAACAAAGUUUAAAAUUACCACAUCAAUGCAGAAAGACACGCCACAGGAGAUGGAGCAGACCCGAAGUGCUGUAGAUGAAGACAGGAAAAUGUACCUUCAAGCUGCUAUUGUCCGUAUCAUGAAAGCACGCAAAGUGCUGCGACAUAAUGCUCUUAUUCAGGAGGUGAUUAGCCAAUCAAGAGCUAGGUUUAACCCAAGUAUCAGCAUGAUUAAGAAGUGUAUUGAAGUCCUGAUAGACAAACAGUACAUAGAGCGAAGCCAGGCCUCUGCAGACGAAUACAGUUAUGUAGCAUGAUGUUGCUAUCCUGCAGGUAUGAUUGUAAGGAGAUCAUUGCUGUCACUGUUUGGUGUGUUCCUGUGGGAAGAGGCAGGCCUGUGCCUCCAUAAUUGGUCACUUGGCAGCCCCUGUUUUUCUGCUGUUUACAACAUCACCAGUGCCAUGUCAUGAGCGUCAAUGAAAAUGCCUAUAGAUAUUUCAAGCUCAUGUCAUUAUGACAUUUCUUAAAACUUUACUAAAAGAAUGAGUGAAGUAUUGCUGAAAUGUGGAGAAUUGGUUGGGUACCAUGCUUUUUUUUUUCCCCCCCCCUCCCCUUUCACGUUUGCAGUUGAUGUUUUUUAAUGUAUCUUAAGACAAAGUAAAAAAAAAUCACACAAAAAACCUAAAUAUUGUAAUAUGACAGAUAACCUAAUAAUUGUAUCUACAUUAAAAUGUACAAAAAUGACGAACAUGAUACUGCUGCUUGUCAAAUAAAAAAAUAAAGUUAUAUAAUGUGUCUCGAAUGAU